AUGUCGACGUCAAAGUCAACAAAUGCUCCUGUGGAUAGCACACAAGCAGGUGGUCUUGUUGAUGGCCCAGAGAAAAAUACUACCUCAGCUCGCGUAUAUCCUCCGGUUACAACCAGUAGUAAUCCUGGAUCAUUGGAAGAAAUACAUCGGAAAUGUCGCGAAAUAUUCCCGAUGUGUUUCGAUGGAGCAAGGAUGAUGCUUACGAAAGCAAUGUCUUCACAUUUUCAGGUAACUCAUACGUUAAGUGUAUCACCGCAAAAUACGGGAUAUCGUUUUGGUGCUACCUAUGUUGGAACUAAGACAACGCAGCAAGAAGGCGAAAAUUUUCCCGUGUUUUUGGCAGACACUGAUAUUUCUGGUAACACUUCUGCAACAUUUUUGCAUCAGUUUGGCGAUCGGUGGAGAGUGAAAAUGCAAGCCCAAACUCAAGGGAAUAAGUUGGCAACAACUCAAGGAGGAGUUGAAUAUCGCGGUCGUCUUACAACAUUGGGGUUGACGUGUGCUAAUAUUGAUAUCAUCAAUGAUUCUGGAGUUAUUGUUGCACAAUAUCUGCGACGCAUAACCAAAAAACUAGAUCUAGGUGUCGAAUUCAUUCAUCAAUAUGGUAUUCCCAUUCCUGGAAGGCAACUUUCAGUUUUAAACUAUCAGGCAAGGGCUAAGACAUUUGGCUCCGUGUUUGCAUGUUUUCCAGUUUUAGCAUCAAAACUGUAUGUUUAUUUGAUGCCUGAAUUAGCUUUAUCCAAUGAGUAUACGGGUAAAAAUUUUAUUGCAAGUGGAAUGUUCAGCUUUGAUGCCCUUCAUUUAUGUUACUAUCAUAAACAACGUGAAAAUAUUUCAUUUGGUGUCGAAUUCGAAAGUUCGACACGAUCCGGAGAAGCAGUUGCUAAUAUUGGUUAUCAAGCGGAGAUCCCAGACGAAGGUGUAGUAAUGAGAGCGUCAGUGAAUACAGAUUGGGCAGUUGGAGCAGUAUUUGAGAAGAAGCUUUCUAGAAAUCUGCCAUUCACAUUGGCCAUAUCAGGAAUGCUCAACCAUGUGAAAGGGCAAGGAAAGUUUGGCAUUGGUCUUAUAAUCGAUGCUAUGUUUGAUAGCAAUAAUGCUCUAGAUUUAACUAAUCCAUUAAAUACGGUCAAGUUGCCUUUUCAGAUGCUUUUAUUAUAG